AUGAAAGUUUUUGUUACAGGGGCUACCGGCUUUAUAGGUACUUCUUUGGUUAGAGAACUAUUGAAUAGAAAUCAUACAGUUGUUGCUCUUGCCAGAUCAGCAGAAUCAGAGAAAAAGAUUAUAGCUCUGGGUCAAAAUAUCCAAAUUCUUCGUGGGUCACUCAAGGACCUAGAUGUUUUGAGAAAAGGGGCCUCAGAGGCUGAUUGCGUAGCUCACCUUGGGUUCAUUCGGAACUACAAAAACUUUGCCGAAUCUUGUUACAUCGAUCGAGAAGCCACUCUCGCUAUGCUAGAUUCUUUGAAAGGAAGCCACAAGGGUUUUAUCUAUUCCAAUGGUACUCUAGUUCUCGAGCGAGGAAAACUCGGUAAAGAGACGGAUAUUAAAAAACCUAGUGGGGUUGCCGCUAUCCGCGCCGAGACUGAAGAUCCCGCUCUAAUAUACAGAGAAAAAGGCGUCCGAGUUUCCAUUGUCAGAUUGGCAUCUAUUGUCCAUGGUAAAGGAGAUAAUGCAUUCGUUCCUGCGUUGAUCGAUAUUGCUAAAAAGUCAGGGAUAUCUGGCUAUAUUGAAGUAGGACAAAACGCUUUGCCUGCCGUGGCGCGGGAUGACGCCGCACGCCUCUACCAGCUUGUCGUGGAAAAAGGGCGUGCUGGAGGGAUUUAUCAUGGAGUAGCUGAACAAGCGGUGAAAACCUACGAUAUCGCAAAGGCUAUUGGUGAGCUUCUUGAUGUACCACUAGUAUCAAUCGAUUCAGCAAAAGCGCAAGGUCACUUUGAUAUCUUGGCCGAUUUCUUCUCCGCCAACAUUCCCGUCUCCAGCGGAAUAACUCGCUCCGAACUAAACUGGGAGCCAAAGGAACCUGAACUUGUAGAUGAUAUCUGCAGUGAUUACCGCCCCUAA